AUGGCGUCCGAAGAUCAUAAACUCAAUACCGACACUAUCAGGACCGUGGACCCCAUGGAUAUUGAAUUAGCUCCAGUCAGCGAUCUCAGCAAAACAGACGACCCAUUCCUGGUAGCAUUCGCGGAGCCUUUCGACGCAGAGAAUCCUAAGGACUGGCGCUCAGGUCGGAAAUGGGCCGUCACCGACGUGCUCUCCGCAACUGGCUUCAACCGCAUCAUGGUAUCCACUAUCAUGGCCCCGGCAUUGUCGACAAUAGCCAAGGAGUUCCACAUGAAUUCUACUGAGUCGGCCAUGGCGCUGUCGAUUUACUUGUUAGCCACUGCAUUCGGUCCUUUGGCUAUCGGACCGUUGUCGGAGGUAUAUGGUCGAAAGCCGAUUCUGCACGCGUCGAAUAUUUGGUUCUUGAUUUGGAAUAUUGUGUGUGGAUUCGCGACUAGUAAGGGGCUGCUAAUUGCAUCGAGAUUCCUGGCUGGCUUUGGUGCUAGUGCUAUCUAUGCGCUGGCUAAUGGAGUGCUUGGUGAUGUGUGGCGGCCAGAGCAGCGUGGUCGUUCUUUGGGCGUGUACUUGCUUAUUCCUCUGCUAGGCGCAGCUGUUGGUCCCAUUAUUGGAGGCUUCAUGGCAGAGCGCACGACCUGGCGCUGGAUGUUCUGGUCGACAUCUAUCUUCCAAGCCGUGAUGAUCGCUGUUUCGUUCACAUCCUUCCAUGAGACAUAUGCGCCGUUAAUUCUGCGCCGUCGGGCGGAGCGUCUUCGACGUGAGACUGGUGACUCGCGAUACUACACCGCAGAUGAACGUCUCAACGCAAACAGAUCACCUACCAGAGUCUUGGGAAGAGCGCUGACCCGUCCACUUCGGCUUUUGACCUUUCACCCCAUUAUACAAAUAUCCUCGCUUAUCUCCGCAUUUUAUUAUGGUAUUUUGUACAUUGUGCUAUCUACCUUCUCCGAUCUAUGGACCAAGCAAUACAAUGAGUCCAUUGAGAUCAGCGGAUUGCACUAUAUCGCGGUUGCCCUUGGUGAAAUUGCAGGUAGCCAGAUAUGUGCAAAACUUAUGGACGGGCUGUACCAUAGACUCAAAGCUCGUGCCAAUGGAGAGCACGCUCCAGAGCUCCGCACCCCUUCUAUCUUCCCAGGAGCUCUUCUUGGUCCAUUGGGUCUGUUCCUUUACGGUUGGGCUGCUCAUUAUCAUUUACAUUGGAUUAUUGUUGACAUCGGUGUAUUCAUCACUAUGCUUGGCAUGCAGAUCACUAGCAUGCCGAUGACGGCCUACAUAAUGGAGGCCUAUCCAGAGCACACAGGAAGUGCGGGUGCUGCACAGCAAUUCAUGCGCAGCCUUACAGCCUUUUUGUUUCCGCUUUUUGCGCCGACUAUGUACAAUGUACUCGGAUAUGGCUGGGGUAAUACUACUAUUGGACUUAUUGGUUUGUUUGUUGGGCUCCCGGCUCCAUUGAUCAUUUGGUAUUACGGUGCCACACUGAGGGCGAAGGCGGGGAGAAUAUAUUAG